GCUUUUAUUCACAUCUCUUCUCCUCUCGGAGUCUUUCAUAGACGCGGAACCCUUCUGAUUUAGGCUCUUUAGCCGGUGCGUUUUUAUUAUAGAGUUUGGACGAGUCUAAUUAUUUCAACUAACACCGACGUAUGCAUUUAUUACUAUUUUAAUAAGGCACCUGAGGUUUUUUUUUGUUUUUUUCAAGCAACACGGCGCUAAUUGGUUGAAUUUAUCUGGUAGGUUUAGUUAGAAAUGUUCCUCAGGUAGUGUUUAAACUCGGUUCGCAGGAGCACACAGCGACUAGAUAGUUGCUGUAAACUGAGUAAAAACGGCACAAACACACAGGUGACUGCGGCUCUGAGCUGUCGGAGGACAUGGAUUUCGCAAAGGCUGGUGGAGUUAUUGCUUACAUUAGCUCCGCGAGCUCGGCCUCCAGUCCAGAGUCGUGCCACAGCGACUCCUCCAACAGCAGCUAUCAGUCUUGCUCUCCACCCCACGCGGGGCAGGGCCAACAGGGCGAGGCUCAUCCUGUGGCCCCUCAGUCCCGCCCACCACGGCACAGCGGGGGAAAGGCACGCUCACCCUCCACAGCCAAAAGUGGCAUUACAAAGAUUAACGGGCUGGUGCUGCUAUGUAAAGUGUGUGGAGAUGUGGCAUCAGGAUUUCACUACGGCGUUCAUGCCUGUGAGGGAUGCAAGGGUUUCUUCAGGAGGAGCAUUCAGCAGAACAUUCAGUAUAAGAAGUGCCUUAAGAAUGAAAGCUGUCCCAUCAUGCGCAUCAACAGGAACCGAUGCCAGCAGUGCCGUUUUAAGAAGUGUCUGCUCGUGGGCAUGUCCAGAGACGCUGUGCGUUUCGGCCGGAUUCCCAAACGAGAGAAACAGCGCAUGCUGCUCGAGAUGCAGAACGCCAUGAACAACAUGAUGACCAACAGCCACGGCAACCAGCCAUCAGCCAGCGACGCAGCUUCAGAGGACAGCGGCUCCGGCCCUUCCUCCCGCUCCCCCUCCACCUCCCCCCAGAGCCACCGGUCCAAACCCAACCCUGACCCCGAGCCACUGGACGUCAUGGACACCAGCACCAGCUCAGACUCCUCCAGUGCCACUGACAGCGGGGAGGAGGAGGUCAUCGGCACAGUGACUAGAGCGCACCAGGAGACCUUCAUGUACAAUCAGGAGCAGGCCAGUGUGCCUUCAGAGGCCCCCAACAACUACUCAGAGAAGCCUCAGGAGGUCUGGAACCAGCAGAGCAAUGCAUCCUCAGAGAGCGAACAAAAGCCCCCAUCAGGCUGUGCUCCGCAGGGGCCUGAAGACUCGGGCUGUCCUGUCAGACUGCCCAGCAGCAGCUCCGCUGGACCGUCUCUGCAGAACCUCUCUCCGAGAGCUUAUAAUGACAAUGAAACACGUUUCGGUGGCAGCUGUAGUGUCCCAACAUUUGCAAGGGUUAACAGGAUGCACCUGGUUUGCCCCAUGAACACAUCUCCCUAUGUGGAUCCUCAGAAGUCGGGUCACAGUAUUUGGGAGGAGUUCUCCAUGAGCUUCACCCCAGCUGUCAGAGAGGUGGUGGAAUUUGCAAAGCGCAUCCCAGGAUUCAAAGAGCUGUCCCAGCACGACCAGGUCAGCCUGCUGAAGGCCGGUACCUUUGAGGUGCUGGUGGUGCGCUUUACAUCCCUGUUUGAUGUGAAGGAGCGCACGGUCACAUUUCUGAGCGGCAGGAAGUACAGCGUGGACGCGCUGCGCUCGAUGGGUGCUGGAGAUCUCCUCAACUCAAUGUUUGACUUCACCGAGAAGCUGCAAGCGCUGAACCUCAGUGAGGAGGAGAUGAGCCUGUUCACGGCCGUAGUGCUGGUGUCUGCAGAUCGCUCUGGACUUGAGAACGUCAACUCGGUGGAGGCGCUUCAGGAAACUCUGAUUCGAGCUCUGCGCAGCUUGAUCACCAAGAACCACCCCAACGAGAUCGCCAUCUUCACUAAACUGCUCCUCAAACUGCCGGACCUGCGCUCGCUCAACAACAUGCACUCUGAGCAGCUCUUGGCCUUCAAGGUCCACCCCUGACCACCCACCAACCCCCAUAACUGUGGACCACACCCCCAUCCAUCUCCAGAGCCUCCUUCCUGCGGCCCGUUUAGCCAAUGGGGAACUGUUGUAACUCGGUGCCCCUUUUCUGACACUUCUCCCCAUGACUUUCAAAGCACUGCUGGUAAAAUAUGGAGGUGGGGGGGGGCAGAUACUUAAGAAAUCAUUGUACUGUAAAACGCCUCUGCUCGUGCUAAUGCACACGACUCGCUGACACAAACUGGAGGGGUUUCGUUGUAGAUGCUUACAAGAGUUUGUACGAUUACGUGGUUUGUGUGUACGCAGAGGCACCUUGAAUUAGUUUUUAGAUUUACAAAUCUGCCUGUGCAAUAAGUGACGCGUUCACUGGUUUUGUGAUUGUUCCUUGUUGGUCUUUUAAUACUUUCAGAAAAGAAGUAAGGUAUCUUGUGGCCCAUAUUAAUUCUUUGUGUUGCUAAGGGGAGAUUAUGAAUGGGGAGGUAUUCCCACAAACAAACGAGAAAAUAAGUACGCAGAGCACAGUUUGGCAUCCUUUCUAAUUCGAAAAAUGCAAAAAGCACCAAGAAAUGGAAGAAUGUGGAACAAGCUGCUAAUCUGAGCUUUUUUGGCAGAAAGACACAGGAAUGUUUAAUGGAUAGAUCUAUUUUUGUAGUUUGUUUUCUGUCUUAAAAUCUGUAGUUAAAUGCAGAGGAAGCCACUCUUAGGCCCGAGACAUUAUGUAAGUAUGUGAACGCAAAUCCUUCUUGAUCCAGUGGAUGGCUGCGUUCCAAAAUGCGUUAAACCGCACAUUCUAAUGCAGCGCGUGGCACGCGGAUGCUGUAUGCAGUGGACAUUGACAAACUGUCUUUUUACAGUCAGUUUUCUCUUCCAGGUCAGCUACUGCAAUGAUGGAGCAACAGUUUGAAGAGAAUCUUGCUGAGCAAUUUGAAGUUAGUUCAGCUGUUGACACAUUUAUAGCUAGCUACCUGACUAGUGAUGCAUUUGGUUUAUUAAGCACAGACAUUUGAAGUCGACUGUUGCUCGCUUGAGUGUUUGUUACUGCCAAGAUUCGAUCAGACCGCAGGCUUGGCCGAGCAUUUGCAUUCUUGCAUUAGAUUACGUUUCUGAUUUUAGAUCUGCGUAGUGAUGCAUCUGUGUAUAUGUCCUGAUUCGUAGGGCUUUUAGUAGUGACACAGUGUUUGAUGAUGAUAAAUGACAAAAGAGGAGUAGAACAUAUGUGUUUUAUCACUAUAAGAUUUGUGCAUGCUUCUCCCCGAUACUGAUGGGACUUAAAGCCAUCCACAGUGAUGCCAUAAUGUCUGCAUAUAUAGCUGAGGCCACACCCUAACUGACGCCUGCCCAUUUCAUGCAUUUGUAUGGGUGAUCAUUUCAGGCUGAAUAUUUAUGGUGUUCACUUCUCUUUUCUGAAUGCUCUUUUUUUUUUUUUUUGCUUUUUAUUGCUUUUGGGUUAGUCUGUUCGGUGAAAGUUCUUGUAGAAUUAAUGUGUCUGUGUGAUCAGCUGCAGUAAGCAAAUAGUGUGCAUACUCAAGCACCACUGGACCAGACAGGAAGAGGAAACAGGAAAUGGCCCAAAAACUCCACCAAGUAACCCGGCAAUGCCUCUCAUCACCCUGCCAGCUCUGGGCGCCUGAACUCUUCUCGGGUCGGUUUUGAUAUCAAAGCUGCUGUAGAUGAAUAGUCAAGAAAAGAAGUAUCUUUGUUUGGUGUUGGUGUUCCUCUCUCAAUGUUCAGCCUGUGGCUCACUCAGUGUCAUUGUUGUGUUGCCAUAAUCCUGUCUGUCAGUUUUCUUCUGUGAAAGCAUUGUAAGAUAGCUAGAUUUCUAUAUAUCUAUAUAUAAAUCUAUAAUAUAAUUAAAUGCAUAUAAAAUAAGAAAAUAAACAGAUAAAAGCUGA